UCAUCAUUAUUGGUUCCCGCGCUUUUUGGAAUGCAUCCAUUUGAGUUCAUCUCGAGAUGAUUCAAUAUUUUUGAAGCACAUUAUAGAACUACAGGUUAUACUCGGAAUCGGUCAUCCUAUAAAAUAGCGAAUUGAAUUGUUUUAUACGGUAUAUUAUCUUGGUGGUGUACGAACGCAAUAUUAACUUCUCUAUAACUUAAAGGGAUGUUGUCUAAAAACACUCAGGUAUAUUGAAUUAGUUAUUGACUUUUGUUAGAUUUUUUUUGGAAGUGGAUACUGAACACAAUAUUCGACCAAAGUUCAAGAAAUUUUGCUCUAGCCACCCUAUAAAAUCUACAAUUUUUUUAAAUUCAAGGCCAUCAAAAUCAGCGUUGUAGCUUAGAAAUGUCGGGAGUUUUAUCCCCGGAAGAACAAAUCAGUGAUGUAUUCGAGAAAAGCGAGCGAAACUCCGUCACAACCACCAACCCAUCUUCACCUAUCAUGUCUGUCUACCAAAAAGAAAAAAAUCACGGAAGCCCGAGCAACACCGGCAAUACAUGUAGCAACAGCAGCAGCAGCAUUGAUGAACCAGCCUCUACCACCACCACCACCACCUCCCCCGCCGCCAUCUCCCUGUCUCAGCUUGUCGGAUCAUGGUCACGUGGAUGCGAGGCACGCUUCUCGGCGUUUACCGCCGUUAAUUCGAACCCGUCUUCAAGCCAGCGACUCGGCGUCGGUUUGUGUCACGGGAGCGGAGUGCUCCAGCGUCUCGGCGCCUCCCUCGCUGGCAGCAGGGACGAAGAGAAACUUGGCGCCACCACCUGCAGCAGCGACAACAUCGCCACCACAGCUUCAGCAUCCUAUUCAACAGCAACCUCAACCGCAACAACAGCAGCAGCUAUCGCCAUUCCAAACAUUACCACACAUCACCAUCACCUAGGUAGCAACCAUCAUCAUUUGGGCAGCGGGUUUAGAUUGUAUUCGAAGUUGGAUGUCGCAGGGGAACCCCCUUCACCAGCGCCCAUCCAUGGCGCCGCGUUCCCUUUUGCUGGUCUGCAUGGCUUGUCCAUGACAGCGGGUGCCAGAGUUCCUCUUGGCCCACCUGGAGCUAUAUUGGGACGAAAACGUCGAAAGGAAAACCGGCAGCGCCGCCAGCGGACAACAUUCACUAGUGAACAGACCAUCAAACUCGAGAUGGAAUACCACAGGACAGAGUACAUCACACGCAUGCGCAGAGUAGAACUAGCAGAGAUGCUGAGUCUGACGGAAACACAGAUCAAGAUAUGGUUUCAGAAUAGACGGGCGAAGGAUAAGAGAAUCGAAAAGGCGCAGAUUGAUCAGCAAUACAGGAGUCUGGGGCUGCCGACACCCGGUAGCAUGUGUGGUUUCUCCCCUGCCUUUACUGGUCUGUGCGGCCCGUGUUGUUACUGCCCAACCAGUGUACCAGCGCACGGGAUCCACACGCUGCCACCGACCCUCCAUUCGGCAUUCCGAUGAUGGACAACCUCACCUACACUAUGAACAUGACGGACAA